AUGGGCAAGAAACGCGUAUUGAUUACCUACGGCGUUGAUGUCGAUGCCAUCUCCGGAUGGCUAGGAUCAUACGGUGGAGAGGAUUCGACCAGCGACAUUAGCCGCGGCUACUUUGCCGGCACAGUUGGCACUCAGCGAAUGCUCAAGCUGUUUAAGAAAUACAACAUCAAGUCCACUUGGUUCAUCCCAGGCCACUCCUUGGAAACCUUCCCCGAGGACAUGGCAGCUGUUCGCGACGAUGGCCACGAAAUCGGCUUGCACGGCUAUUCCCACGAGAACCCAAAGGAUAUGACUUAUGAGCAACAGCGGGAUGUUUUGGACAAGAGUUACAGGCUCCUCACGGAAUUUUGCGGAAAGCCCCCGCGUGGAAGUGUCACGCCUUGGUGGGAAGUCAGUACAGAAGGCGUCAACCUUCUUCUGGACUAUGGCAUCGAGUACGAUCACAGCCUGGGUGACCAUGACUGCCAGUGUUUCUACACGCGUGUUAAUGACAGCUGGACCAAGAUCGACUAUACCAAGAACGCUGAAACAUGGAUGAAACCUUUUGUGAGGGGCAAUCCUUCAGGUUUGGUGCAGAUUCCGGGAACCUGGUAUAUUGAUGACCUACCCCCCAUGAUGUUCAUUAAGUCUUCAGCGAAUAGCCAUGGAUGGGUCAAUCCGCGUGACGUCGAAGAUAUCUGGCGCGACACAUUCGACUACUAUUACCAGGAGUAUGACGAGUUUGUAUUCCCUAUAACUAUCCACCCGGACGUAUCUGGGCGUCCGCAAGUAUUGUUAAUGCACGAAAGGCUUAUCCAAUACUUCCUGAAGCAUGAGGGAGUUGAGUUUGUCACAUUUGCGGAAGUUUGUGACGAUUUCAAAAGCAAGAAUCCUCCGCCGCCAGAUGCUGCGUUGCCCGCUGACCCGGAUGUUGUCGCAAAGAGGCUUGGGCUAAAUUAAGACUGGAUCAUGUAAAGUCAGCAGCGCUGGGUUCUGUGCUUAUCAAUACCCUACUUAAGCUAAUCAGGCGAGCAUGCCGCAUAAGAAUGACUUUUACUCGGAGCUUUUCUGAACUUCGUACUGCUUUU